CCAGUCCUUGGAUUCGUUGCAUUGCAAAAAAAAAAGCCAGUGUGGAUCCUACUGCUGCCGGGACCGUCAGCGGUGCUGGGUUCUGUGGAAGAUUUAAUUAUAAAAGCCUAAGCGAGCAGCAAGAAGAGCGAAGGCAUGCUGGAUUUUAAAGGGAUCUAUCACCUUAUCGUUGUAGGCGCGGUGCUGUCAACUUUCUGGAUUCAGGCGUCGUCCGGAGGGGGCUACUUCGAGAUCAAGUUUAGCUCGGUGCAGAACGUUAACGGCGAGUUGGAGAACGGGGACUGCUGCGACGGCUCCAGGAACCCCCUGGAUCGAAAAUGCACCAAGGACGAGUGCGAUACCUAUUUUAAAAUCUGCUUGAAAGAGUACCAGGCGCGCAUUACCAGCUCCGGCGGCUGCACUUUUGGGACUGAGUUCACCCCGGUGCUGGGGGAAAACACCUUCUCGCUGCCGGACAGAAGCACCGCGGGGAAAGUUGUUAUCCCCUUUCAUUUCGCGUGGCCGAGGUCAUACACAUUAAUUGUGGAAGCGUGGGAUCAGGACAAUGCAACAGCUGGUGAAGGGCAGCUCAUUGAGCGAGCUGCUCACACGGGAAUGAUCAACCCUGGGGCCCAAUGGAUGACCAUGCAUCAUAAUGGACCCGUGGCUCACUUUGACUACAGGAUCCGUGUGAAGUGUGAGGAAAAUUAUUAUGGCACCGGCUGCAACAAACUCUGCCGCCCACGUGAUGACGUCUUUGGCCACUUCGUUUGCGACCAGAACGGGAACAAACUCUGUAUGGAGGGUUGGAUGGGGGGUGACUGCAUGAAAGCUAUUUGUAAGCAGGGUUGCCAUUCAAUCCACGGAGGAUGUAAAGUCCCUGGGGAAUGCACCUGUCUAUAUGGAUGGCAAGGACACUUCUGUGAUGAGUGCAUCCCAUACCCAGGCUGUGUCCACGGGACUUGCAUGGAGCCAUGGCAGUGUAGCUGUGAAACCAACUGGGGGGGCCUGCUCUGCAACAAAGACUUAAAUUACUGUGGGACGCACCAUCCCUGUAUCAAUGGUGGGACCUGUAUGAACACUGAGCCUGACGAAUACCAGUGUGUCUGUCCUGAAGGGUAUUCCGGCAAGACCUGUCACAUUGCUGAGCAUGCUUGUGUAUCCAACCCGUGUGCAAAUGGAGGAACCUGCUAUGAGGUCACAACUGGAUUUGAGUGUCACUGCCCUUCAGGUUGGAAUGGGACAACCUGUGCAAUUGAUAUAAAUGAAUGUGCGUCCAGCCCUUGUGCACAUGGUGGGACUUGUAUUGAUCGUGCUAAUGGAUUUGAGUGCCUCUGUCCACAACAGUGGAUUGGGAAGACUUGCCAGCUGGAUGCUAAUGAAUGUGAGAUGGAGCCUUGCGUUAAUGCUUAUUCUUGCAGAAACUUGAUUGGUGGAUAUUACUGUGACUGCCUCCUGGAAUGGUCUGGACAGAACUGUGACAUCCAUAUCGACGGCUGCCAUGGACAGUGCCAGAAUGGAGCAACAUGCAAGCGCAACGGUGUACAAGGAUACCAGUGCAUCUGCCCACGUGGAGUUGUUGGCAGAAAUUGUGAAUACAACAUGAAUGAAUGUGCAAGCAGACCUUGUUUGAAUGGAGGGCAGUGUCAGGACCUGCUUGGUGGGUUCCACUGUCGCUGCGUUCGGGGAUAUUCAGGAACCUUCUGCGAGAGAAAAGUCAAUUACUGCGAUCCCAAUCCAUGUCAGAAUAAAGCCAAAUGCUAUGUUCUUGGUGAAGAUUACUACUGUGCAUGCCCUGAGGACUAUGAAGGGAAGAACUGCUCACUUCUGAAGGACCACUGUAAAUCUGCUCCUUGUCGAGUUAUUGACAGCUGUACAGUGGCAAUCUCCAGCAACACCAGUCAGGGUGGUGUCCGCUUCAUAUCAUCCAACGUCUGUGGCCCUCGUGGCAAAUGCAUCAGCCAGCCUGCUGGGAAUUUCACCUGUGCCUGUGAUCGAGGGUUCACUGGCAUGUACUGCCAUGAAAAUAUCAAUGACUGCACAUUGAAUCGAUGUAAAAACGGAGGCACAUGUAUUGAUGGGAUAGAUUCCUUCCGCUGUAUUUGCCCUGAUGGAUGGGAAGGAGAGCUGUGCGAAAUUGACUUCAAUGACUGCAGCCCCAAUCCCUGUCUAAAUGGAGGCCGAUGUGUAGAUGGACUGAACGAUUUCCACUGUGAAUGCAGGAAUAACUGGAAGGGAAAAACCUGUCAUUCCAGAGAGAAUCAGUGUGAUGAAAACACCUGUAGUAAUGGUGGCACAUGUCAUGAUGUGGGAGAUGCCUUUCGAUGUGCAUGUGCUCCAGAGUGGGGCGGGAGCACAUGUAACCUUGCUAAGAACAGCAGUUGCAUCCCCAGCCCUUGCCAGAAUGGAGGGACGUGUGUGGGUAGUGGUGACACCUUCACUUGCGUGUGCAAGGAGGGAUGGGAAGGUCCAAGCUGCACACAAAAUAAGAAUGACUGCAAUCCUCACCCAUGCUACAAUGGAGGCAUCUGUGUCGACGGUGUGAAUUGGUUUCGAUGUGAAUGCGCUCCAGGCUUUGCAGGGCCUGACUGUCGAAUCAACAUCGAUGAAUGCCAGUCAUCCCCUUGUGCUUAUGGAGCCACUUGUGUGGAUGAGAUUAAUGGAUACAGGUGCAUCUGCCCCCCUGGAAGAGCAGGCUACAGAUGCCAAGAAGUCAUUGGCUUUGGGAAGUCAUGCUUCAUGUCAGGACAGUACCAUCCACAUGGUAUUCGGUGGGAGCAGGAGUGCAACACCUGCCAGUGCCUGAACGGCAAUGUGAACUGCACUAAGGUAUGGUGCGGCCAGAAGUCUUGCUUGUUGCAUGAAAGACCUGGCCACGAAAACUUCAUGUGUCCAGAGACCCAGCAGUGCCAGGUCAGCCCAUGGCUCAAGUGUUUCUCCCCUCCUUGUACUGACUGGGGGGAGUGUAACCCCUUAAACGCUCUGCCUGUUAACUCCAAAUGCCAGCCUAACACGGGACAACUGGACAAUAACUGUGCAAAGAUCACACUCAUCUUCAACAAGGAAAAGAUUCCAAAGGGCAUUACUGUGGAAUACAUUUGCUCAGAACUGCGGUAUCUACCAGUGCUGCAGAGCCUCUCUAAGGAGCGGACUCUGUUCGUGUUGUGUGACCUGGCCAACGCCACCGACAGCGCAGUGGAAGUAGCCAUCUCAUUUACCCAACAUAGUGAGGACCGGGAUGGGAUCCUGAUAAGGGAGGCGGUUACGAAGAUUGUCGACAAUGUGACCAAACGACAAAAUAGCACCAUGAUGCUCGCAGUAAUCGAGGUGAAAAUAGAGACAGCAUAUGUCCCUCCUUCCCAGCCAGCGUACCUAGUCCCAGUGCUCAGUGUGGCGUUUGGUGUGGUUUGGCUGAUCUGCAUCAUCAUCUGCGUGUGGUGGACACGGAAGAGGAGAAAAGAGAGGGAGAGAAGCCGGCCGCCCAUGGAGGAUACAGUGAACAAUCAGUGGGAGCCCCUGAAACCUAUCAGGAACCCCAUCGAUAAACCCUGCAGCAACAAAGACAUUCAGUACGAAUGCAAAAAUUUAAUGGCCCCUUGCAGCCGGACUCUAAUGGCAGGCGAGGAGGUGGAAGAGGAGUUGGGUGUGGACAAGUACCCCUCCCAAAGAUGUACAAUUACAUUCUUGCCAGCGAAAGGCGACGUUAAAUCAUCGCAGUUGACUCCAGUCAAACAGCCACAUCGGACAGGCAAAAGGGACAACCGCUGCCUGAAAAAUGUGAAUGCGUCAAACCAUGAAGGAGGUAAGGAUCUUUCUGUAUGAACAUACGGAGUUUGUUUUGUGCCUACAGCUUUUUUUUUUAAAAAAAGAGAGAGAAAGGGAGGGGGGGAAAUGAAGAUAAAUGCCUCAUUGCCUCCUUGUCCGUUAAGACGGACACCAUCUAUUGAAGUCUUCAUGGUCAAAUAAGUGUCUCUUUCUUUUGGUGUGUGUAUAAAGCAUUAUUUACCAAUUGUCUCUUUAAAUCUUGUAUAAAUUAUUUGUGACUUGUUCAGUGUCAAGAUCUCUUUGCCAGUUGCUAUAUUGUGUUUCUUCACCUCUUAAAUGUUAAUUGGAGGGGGCAGCGCCUUUUGCGUCCCUUAGCAACAGAGAAGGAGGAACCGAGAUAACUUUAUUAAGCACCCUCCUCCCAUUUUACACAAAACAAAUUGUUUACAUAGGUUUUGUUGUGGUUUUUUUUUGUGUAGUACCUUAGCAUAAUUCCCUUUGCCAGGGUAGGAGGUUCUGAUGUACAAUUGAACCUCGAUCUGUUGUUUUUGGUGACCCUUCAUCUGAGUCCCCCCCCCACCCAAGUUUCCUACUGUUGGGUUGGUUUUAGUUUAGUGGGGGUGGGGUGAAGUUGGGAGUUGUUCUUGUGGCUUAUGCCAUUGCCUUCUCCGUCUUGACUGAGCCUGUGGACUGUGGUGAGUGUGCUGCACUUCAGGCCCUCACCUGUAGUUUUCUGUUUCUAGGAAAUUGCUAGCUCAUCCAACUUUGGGAAGCGGAAAGAAACGAGUGUUUUAUAUGUUGAUGGGAGGGACGUGAUGGGGAGCCAAAGAGAAACUGCUGUAAAUAGGUCCAAGAGCUGGUCACCACUUGACGAUAUGUCAUCCUGAAAGGAUAGUUGGCAUGGGGAAAUGAUCACUUGGAUUUCUAUCUUUAAUAGGCAGAGGUGGAGAGGGAAGAGAAGGGGGAGGAGGAUAGACAGCCUCGAUAAAAUUAUGUUAAAUCA